AUGGCAGACACUCGCUUACCGGAUGUGGUUCCGGUCAAAGGACUGGCUACAGGAAAGGAAGAAGUGCUAGACAACGUUACGAACGAGCAAAGCUGUGAAAGUGAUUCGUUAGCUGAUCGAUCUACAAUGCCCGAUUGGCACAUCACCGUUCUUAAUCAGGAUACUUCAUCAGACAAUCCUAUAGUGCAAAUAUGGUCUAGUAACGAUUCAAAUCAGUCGGAUACUUCUCUAGUAAAACUGGCGCCGGAAGAAAUUUGCUCCCGGCUGGGGCAGAUUGAACAACUCACAAGUCGAAGCGCUAGCCAACUCUCGGAUUCCGGCAUCGAUUCUCAGCUGGCGAGUCCCACCGUGAUAGACAACAAGUUGCACGAACAAUCCUUCGUAUUGGACCUGUCGGCGAAUCACUUAACUGUGCCAAGCCGGAUGAAACUAGGAAGUCUGCGCAGCAGUCUGGAGAAGCAUCAGCCAAACUUGAAAGAAGAUAAACCCUCCAUCGUUGAAAAUAGCGUGCACGGCACUGGAGAGCAAAAAAGCGAUCAGUCACAAGUUAAUUCUACAUCAACGUCAUCCAAAUUCCUACCUCAGAAAAGGCACCACCGAAAUUUUUUGCCUGUGGAUUACAGCUUGGAUGGUUGGCCACGAUCAGAACAUUUCCAAAAGAUUCGAUCGUUGCCUAGUGAGUGUGAACAACAGAUGGAGGUGGAAGAGACUAACAAUUCGGCGGCCAGCUGGUCCGAUUCAACUGGAACUCUGAUUACAACGGUCGGUCGUAAACAAAAAACAUCUUCACCCAAGAUCUGCGUUCAAAAGGAUGUCUAUCAGCAGCCCAACAUUGAUCGGGGUUUCGACGAACACUCGUCCAUGAUCAGCGAACACAGCUGCAGUUACGAUUCGCAAGAAUCAUCACAUUUUCUAGCCGAUCACGAACUUGGAUAUUCACAUUCACGCAAUCCCAGUUUCGGCUCGGUUCGUAGUGAGUCCUGCAUAGAGAACGUCGAUUCACGAUCGGACGGCUCAGCCAACAAACCUUCUUCACAUCUUCAUUCGGGAAUGUUGUCCAGAAGCUCAUCUCGAUCGACUUUUCUUUCCGUUCCAUCUAAAGUUCCUAAUAGCCUCUGGCUGUCUUCAACUUCCGAUCAUCUGCACCAACCCGAUAAUAACAAGGUCAUGGAACGCCAACUGUCAGCUAAUUCACAUUUGGGAUCCACGUCGUCGCUGAUGGCAUCACACUUCAGCCUAUCAAAUCCAUACCUGAGGCUGUGCCUGAACGAAGGCGGAAUCAACGACGCGCUGCUGUUGAGCCUUGCUGGAGACGAAAUGAACCACCCUGCCGUACUGGACAUGUUCGGUGAUCCUUAUUGCGACGCAGCAUCCGCCGUUCAGUUAUCGCUUACCCAACGGCUCGCUUUUCCUCAGCUGGUAGAGAAUGAUCUGGAAGCCGAUAAGCAAAAUCAUCGGUAUCAACAACGAAACGAGCUCCCGAGAGAGGAGAGUAGCCUCAAUUUCUUCGCCAAAAUCAUCACCUUCCUGGUUCUUGUGUUCGUUAUCGUCCUCGUAGUAGGUGUUCUCGUCAAAAUAUCGCACACACCUCGAUAGCCGAUGGAAUCUCAUCUUUUUUUAACUGUUAAAAAAUUUAAUUAAAACGUUGUAAGUGCAACGGCUGACGUGUAUAAUUGAGUUAUUUUAAUUUUUGUAUACUCAAAACUGUUUGCGUAGGAUAUACGUUUCUAAAUAUGAAUUUUUCCCCAACGUUGUUUUGCCGCGUGGGGGGGAACUGCUGUUUCCAGUCAACGUGACGUCAAUUCACUUCUUCGGCUUUCACGGGUUUAAUUCAAUUUUGCCGAGCGACGGGAGCCAGUGCGUUCAUUCGCUGCUGAUAAACGGCGUCGUAAGAACGAUUUAUGCACCGUUCUUGUACUUAAAAUACAGUUGAUUUCUUGAU